AUGCGCUGUGCCCACGAGAUCGAGAUCUUUUUCUGCUGCCAAGAGAUCUUGGGAGGCCGGCUCAGCUGCUCCCGCUGCCGGGAAGCCCUCGGAGCGGGGCAGCACCUGCCCGCUUUCCUCGUAGCAACCUUGUUUGCGUCCGUCUCUUUAUUUAGCCCAGGCCUCUUCCUGUUGGAGGUGCCAGGGCAGAGGUGCCCAGCGCAGCCACCUCUCCUCGGACAGAGGCACCCACGCGCACAUCUCCCGGACUGGGCAGGGCGCAGCGCGCCGGGCGAGUGAGUCAGGCGCUCCUUAGUGUAGCUGUUGGCAGCGGCUGCAUCCGCCGCCGCCGUCCCCACUUGACUUCUGGAGCUGGAGAGGUGGCGGCGAAGGCCAGCGAAAGGUUGCAGCUCUGCGAUUCCUCGGCGCCGAGAAAAAAACCAAGCAGCAGACGCCGCGGAGGCGAUCGGCGCGGUCGCCUUGCGGUUGGGCGAGAAAAGGAAGCUUCUUUUUCGUCCUAUAGUAGGACGCGCCGUCGAGUUUUGCUGCGCGCUCUGCGGAGCGAGCGAGCGCCCGGCGACUUCCUGAGCAGCCCGAGCCAAGGCGGCGAGCGGCGAGGAACCAGACGCCGCUAGACCUCCGGAAAGGAGCGAGCGGGCUCCGGAGGUAAGCUGAGCUUGUCUUGAGACGGCGGUUGCCGCUACUACCACCGGCACCUCUGCGCUUCGGCUUUCGAUUCCUGUCUCUUUUCGGGUUUGUUUUCUUUUGAUGUGCCUUAAGGAGAUCUUUGAGCAAUACGAGCCGAAAAGGAAAGAGGUCCCGGGACUUAAAUAGCGUUCUUUGGAGGUUUGCAAGGAGAUGUUGGCGGAACGUUUUAGGAAACGUGGCUUUCAAAAACGCGCCCUCCAAGAAGCCCUGCUCUAGAGUCCGGGAUCUGGGCAACCCUUUCCAAAAUCUUUCCGGAGAGGGCCCUUGUGAAAUUGCAGGAAAAGACCCUGGUGGCGUAUGGGGCUAGCAAGGGACAAAUUAGUACAUACUGUAUUAUGAUGAGCAAGGAGAGGGGUGUGUGUGUGUGUGUGUGUGUGUGUGUGAGAGAGAGAGAGAGAGAGAGAGAGAGAGAGAGAGAGAGUUCUAUUUCUGCCAAGCAACAACUUAGGAAGGAAGCUACUCCAACAGGAUAUCGAUGCUUCCUUUUCCUAAGUCAAUUUCAUUUGCAAGGGAGAUGGUGAUUAUUCUGGGAAGGGUGGGCCGAAGAAGUGCAUCCGUGCAGAAUGGAUCCCAUCAAAACAACUGCAGAGGAAGCGUUUAAGCCCAGAUGCUAUUCAACAGGUGUUCCCAAAAAGUUUCAGUGUGUCGACGCAGAGAGUCGUCUGGCCCCCUUCUGGCUCCCAAGGGCAAGGAAGAGCUGUUUAUUCUCUUGAUCUGCCCUCUUAUAUUGCUGGUAAAGACUUUACAGGCUUCGUCGUGGGAGAGGCACAAUCUGGAAGAGAGGCGUGGGGAAGUUCGCAGAUGCCUUUUGGGAACAAGCACUCCUCAAAUACUUGCGCAAACCCUGUCUUGUGUUACAAGGAGGUUUUUUCCCCCUCUAAGCACAUUUUGUUGGAAUGUUGCCCUCUUGCAGCCAUGCCCAGAUUGGCAGCUGCUUGUCCUCCUGGCUCAGUGCUAUUUAUAAUAUAUUAUGGGCCUGUUUGCAAAUGCACAUCCAUCACUUGGUUGGGCAGCCCUUUAUUCUUUGCAGGUGAAUGUGUGAAUAGAGUCCUUUCAACAGCCUGGUGUUGGAAGCGGUAUAACAAAAAUCUGUCUCUGGUACUUGAUCUGUGAUGGCUGAUUCACAUGUGCAUAUUUAAGGCACACCCACACAAUCCUGGGAACUGUAGUUUGUUAAGGGUGCUAGCAAUUGUAGCUCUGUGAGGGGUAAGCUACAGUUCCCAGGGUUCUGUGGUAGGAAACCAUGUACAUUAAAUGUGCUUGAUGUGGUUGUGAUUAUUGUUGGCUCCACAGCCUUCCACAUGAUCUAGAGCAGGGGUGCCCAAACUUUUUUCAAAGAGGGCCAGAUUUGAAGAAGAGAAUGUGCGUGUGGGACAGCCCAAGUUGUUGAGCUUUUUUUACAAUCUUAGAAUCUUGCCCCAAACUUGUUGAGGUUUUUAGGACUGAAGCUUUUAGGCUUGAAGUUGCUGAGCUUUUUUAAAAGGAUUUUACCCCAGGACACGGGUGGCGCUGUAGGUUAAACCACAGAGCCUAGGACUUGCCGAUCAGAAGGUCGGCGGUUCGAAUCCCCACAACAGGGUGAGCUCCUAUUGCUUGGUCCCUGCUCCUGCCAACCUAGCAGUUCAAAAGCACGUCAAAGUGCAAGUAGAUAAAUAGGUACUGCUCCGGCGGGAAGGUAAACAGCAUUUCCGUGCGCUGCUCUGGUUUGCCAGAAGUGGCUUAGUCAUGCUGGCCACAUGACCCAGAAGCUGUACGCCGGCUCCCUCGGCCAAUAAAGCAAGAUGAGCGCCGCAACCCCAGAGCCGGACAUGACUGGACCUAAUGGUCAGGGGUCCCUUUACCUUUACCUUACCCCAGGACAUAUACAGCCACGGGGGCCAGAUUAAAUUGACCGACGGGCCGGAUUAGGCCCCCAAAAUAGACUUUGGACAUGCCUGAUCUAGAGGAAGGGCAGUAGUGCAGGAUAAAUGGGAGUAUCCUAAAGCCCUUUCUGUUAGGAUCCGAUUCAGCGCAUGAGAGCAGCCAGGCUCCAAGAUGUACUGAUGUACAAGGUAUGCUUUCCACACGGAUAAUUUCAGUGCAGAAAGGGCUCUGGGAGACCAACACAUGAUAUCUAGCAACUGCAGGUUCCUUACACAGGACAACGGGACUGAACGAGAGCCGUCUAUAGCAUGUGGUGAGAGAUGGAGUGUGUGGCUUGGCUCCUUUAUCAUAUUUUUUCAUGUGCUGUCUCACUUAGUGUCUGCUUUUUCGAUGAACAAAUUUGGCAACAAGUGUAGGAAUUUCCCGCCCCCGCCCCACCUCACCCCCAGGUUGUUUUUCUGAAACCACCGGUGGAAAUGGGAGGGGAGAUGCUAAAGUUUAACAGGCUGUUGCUUCCUGAUGGCCAUUUUCUUUUUCCAAAAAGUAAUUAAAUAUGACGUGCUGGAGGAACUCUCCAAAGAAUCAUUAACAUCCAGGAACUGGUCUGCACAUCCUCCUUCGGCUAUAAGAAAGAGUCCUUGAAAAGCCUGUUUUGCAGACAGAGAGCUGGCCUUACAUCUCUUUGAAAGUUCCACGAAGAAGGAAAUUUCUUAAAAUGCCAGUGCUUCUAGUAUUAGAACUUGCUGCUCCCUUGAUGCCUCCUCACCCACCUGGCAAUGGAUCUGCUGCUUCCUGCCAGCUCCCAGUGGGACCUCUUUCAUCUCUUAUUUAAAGGUUCAUAGGUUCCGGCUGACAGUCAGCUGCAGAUUGAGCAGCUUCAGGGCCCAAAAGGCUGUUUACUGGUUCUGUUCAGAUACUGCCUCACUCCCUGCCACCCCACCCCCACCCCCGCACCCCACCCUAGCUUCACGGCAUGUCUUAUGUCACUCUAGUUUGCCUGCUUAGCACAAGAAAGCGAGGGAGGAACUGGCAGCAGACUGACACUAGCUUUUGGCAGUCCUACAAUGAACCAUUGUGCUUCAAAUGUGGCAUGUGGUCCUAAGGCAGGGCCCUGCAUUGGGGAAAAGAUUCCUGCAUUGCAGGGGGUUGGACUAAAUUACCCUCGUGGUCCCUUCCAACUAUAUGAUUCUAUUAUCUAUUAUGAUGUCCUCCAUAUGCUUUGGACUGCAGCUCUCUCGCCAUCCCUGACUAAACUGGCUGAUGGGAGUUGUAGUCCACCACCCCUGGAGGAGGAGACCUAGGGCAGGGUUUCCCAGACUUGGAUGCAGUGCUGUCUUUAGCAUAUGUGCCGCAGGGGUGCAAAGAUCCACCCAGUGCCCCCAAAUUUAGCCCCCAAAUUAACUUUUAUUAUGCUUAUGUCAGCCACCACGCUUACGUCUUAUCUCUCGUUUAUGAAAGAAGGGAGGGAAAAGAAACAAACCUUUUUAUUUGCUCAUUUAUUUACAAUAUACUUAUACUUAAGUAUACAGCACCACACGUAAUAUAAUAUUUUGAUGUAAGAGUUAAUUUUGAGUGCACGGUGCCGUUGUGAAUGACAAGCGCUGUCAUUGAGUCUGACAAAGCGCUGCCAUUGUGAAUGACAAUCACCACCGCUGGUGGACCGGGUUCGCGUCUCCGCUCCUCCACAUGCAGCUGCUGGGUGACCUUGGGCUAGUCACACUUCACUGAAGUCUCUCAGCCCCACUCACAUCACAGAGUGUUUGUUGUAGGGCAGGAAGGGAAAGAAGAAUGUUAGCGGCUUUGAGACUCCUUUGGGUAGUGAUAAAGCGGGAUAUCAAAUCCAAACUCUUCUUCUUCUUCUCUUCUUCGUUGGCUCCUGCCAUGGAAAUUGGCUUUGGGCUACAAGAAACAGAUAGCACAAGCAUGUAAGACUUGUCCUUAUUAAUGUAAUCACAGGAAAGAGAAAGCACAAGGCAGAAUUAGUAGUGUACUGAUUUUGCUUCUUUUCCUACAGCCAGGAAUUAUGCUUUGUUCUGGUUUCCUAAUAAAUCUUAUGUCAGCCGUUAUAACCUGUUCUGCCACUGGAUUUUGAACCAUAUAAGGUUCACCUCCUCUGGUAUUUUAGAUUACUGCUACAUGUACUAUUGUUGCAGGGAACUGGGUCCUGGGAACAAGGGAAAAUUACCUGAGAAACAAACUCCCUUACAGCCUGGAGGGUUUUAAUGUUGCUAGUUGGGCGGCUUUCAUCGUGAUUAGAGUGAGCUUUUAGAUAAAAGUAUUUUUUUGUAUCCAGUUACAGAUGUACUUUGGAACUUUUGAUCUUGUACAGCCAGAGUGUACCUUUUUAAAAGAUUGGUUAAAGAACAACAACUCUCCUUUUGCCUCUUGUUUGUAACAGUUGUUGUGUUGGAUAUACUUUGAUAUUAUAAAAUAUGUGUAUGCCGCAACAAUGAAACAGGGACUGGCGACACUUGUCUCCUGAUGCAUUUAGCACCAUCUGCAAGAGUUCAUCCAAUUGCAGAGUCCCUUAGCUGAGCAUUGUAAAAUCAGUUAAGUUUAACCCAAAUUUAUUUUUAAAAAUGUAGUCUUCAAAAAUGAAAUAAAAGCAACUCAAUACAUUACAAUGGAUGUGGGGAGCACUAUUUCUGACAUUAAACAUCUCUUGUGCACAUAAAUAUGCGCAGAUCUAGUUUAUGUGCACUGGGUAAGUUAGGUUUCCUAAACACGUGUUCCCAGACAUAUUAAUGUCUAAAGAUACACAAAAACCACAGUAACACUUGUGGCACAUUGACAAAUUCAUUAUCACACGAGCAUUCACAUAGUGCGAUCCAUUCAAUCAGAUGAAAUGUCCUAGGUUACUGCUGUGUGUGUGCGUUACCCACUUGGGGUUGUAAACAGCGAGGUCAGAGAGAAAUGAACUGCAUAAAAUACAGAGACAGCGAUAAUUACAUAAUUAACAGUGGUAAUUCACAAAACACAUGUUGAUAACGUAGACAUUAGGCCAUUGGUAAGCCAAUUAACAUAUGUAGCAUAAUAAAAAUCCAAUUCAAUCCACAAGUGAUAGCACUGACCCUCUUGAUGAUUUCACAUUACGGUCUUUCUUUAAAGUUCCUUUGUUCAAGUACAGCCACUUACAGACUGUCCUGAGAGUCUGAGGGGUCCUCCCCCCCCCCGCUGAUUUUUUGAGUAUUACCAUUUGUCAGUUGCUUAUGAUGUUCACACAUUGCAAGAGGGCUGCCGGAAACUCAGUGCUUACCGUACGUUUCUUUCAGCAGCUGUAAUGGGUAGAGCUGUUCUAAAAUGGUGAGUAAAGAGCCGAUUCCCUCCUUAGUUCAGAGAUGGGAAACCUGUGGCUCUUCAGAUGUUGUAGGAGCACACUUCCCAUCAUCCCUGACCAUGGGCCAUGCUGAAUGAGGUUCAGCCACCCCUCAACAUCAUCCCUGCCACUGAAGUUCAUUCUGGUUUGGCAAUAUAGCCAUUUAACUACUGAUUGAUUGAUUGAUUGAUUGAUUGAUUGAUUUUUUUAAACCCCUCUAACCAUCACAGUAAGUGGUAAGAAAUAUGAACUCGAAAUGUACCUUUCAUGAAUUCCAAAUGCACCAAAGAGCUCUAUGGGCAGUGAUGACUUGCAUAACUGUCGCUGAGCAGAGCCAUCUGAAUGUAUUACCAUAGAAAUGUUAAGAUGGCAAUUAGAAUGUAUUAAAAGAAGGGUAGUUUAGAUGGUUCCUAUUGGUCUUUAGGCAGUCUACAGAGAGUGUCCUGAAGUGGCCAAACAGAAGAACAUUGCACUUGCAAGGAGCAACUGAAAUGCACUGGCGUAAAUUGCAAAAUUGUACCAUCACCUGUUGCUUAUUCAUCCACAUAAAAAUCAGCUAAGUUUUACAAAUGACCAUUGAAAUGAGCUAGAAAUGAGCUGGGAUCUGGCACCCUCAUCCACAGGCCUCAGAAUAAAGCUUUUUCAAGAAACUUGCCAUUCCGAAUGACAGUGAGGGGGUGCCUUGAGAAGAUUGCAGUAUUCCUGAGGAAUUGCCUACAAAAUUUGCUGCCUGCUGCAUCAACUGAAUUCCCAAAUGACCAUCAAAAUGCUGGGAGACUGCUUGGAUCUUUCAAAAUAGCCUGCAGGUUUUGCUGCCCGCCAUGCCCAUGAGCUGAGCUGCUGAAUACACUGAAAUGGCUGGGAGAGACUCAGCGACGCUUUGCAUUGAAUGUCAGGAACCCCAGUGGGUGUUGCAGAUGCACAUAGGCAGCCCCACCCAUGCCCAAGACUUUCCUGUCACUGUUUUGGUACUACUUAGAAUACCUUAUUCAAACAGAUCGUACAACAAGCCUGUGAGGCAGGCUGCAUAGUUGCCUAUUAGAAAUAUCAGUAGCUCUCCAAGGAGUCACCUUCAGAAUGAGAAUAGGAACCCCACUGCCACCCAGUAAAGCAUGGGUAGGCAAACUAAGGCCCAGGGUCCAGAUCCAGCCCAAUCACCUUCUAAAUCUGGCCCGCGGACGGUCUGGGAAUCAGUGUGUUUUUAGAUAAGAAGAAUGUGUCCUUUUAUUUAAAAUGCAACUCUGGGUUAUUUGUGGGGCAUAGGAAUUUGUUCAUUCCCCCCCCCCCAAAAAAAUAUAGUCUGGCCCCACACAAGGUCUGAGGGACAGUGGACCGGCCCCCUGCUGAAAACGUUUGCUGACCCAUGCUAAAGGGAUGCUUACUUUCAUUUCUCUCUCUCAGUCAAUCUUUAAGAAUUAGUUUGAACCUCCAGAAUUUUGUGCUAUUCUGGUCCAGACAUAGAUAAAAAUGCUUCACCAUGGAGUGUGAAGCCACAUCUACUCAUUGCAUGUGCAAACUGCAAUAAUAAUGAGUGAACAUAAGAAACAUGAGAAUGCCCCCCCAUGUAUUUUCUGCAUCUGUUUCUGGAGGCAGGAUAACAUAAUUGAAGCCACACAUUUGCACUUUCCUAGAACCUCAUCUUUCCAACACACAUUACAUUAACAUACACAUUCUAACGGAAAAUGCACAUUUCUGCACUGAAUAUUGGAACAAACCAUGAGCCGCUCCCUCAGGACAAAGGAAAUUUUGCAAGUAUACAUCAGCACAGCAAAGGUUGUUAAAAGUUCCUGGCUGCACAGUGAAGGCCUACAUGGUGCUGGUAAUAUAGUCAUAGCAAGCCAUUCUGUGGCCAGCCUGUCUUGGUUUCAUGGAUGAUAGAGACCACAUCCUCUUCCACACCGGGAUAUAUGUCAUGACAGGCUAAGCUCCCACAAUUAUCUGUCAAAACAAUUAUCACUUUAUUUGCGGGCAACUGUCGCAGAGUUUCCUACACUGUCUUCAUGACUCUAUAUCAUAAUGCAUUCCGUUGGGCACUUGGAAGGACAUGUAUUUGCCUGGAUUUAUUCUGAAGUUGUCAUUCCGGCCUUCCUCACAGGGUUGUUGUGAAGCCUAUUCAAACAACGUAUGCCAAGCAGCAUCAAAAUGGUGGUGUGGAGAGUGGAGUUGUAUGCACCUUUGGGUUGGAUAUGUCUUUUGUGUGCACGGCGAUGUUCCUGACAUUUCAUAUCAGUCGCUGGCCAGCCUCCCAUAGCCACCUCAAUGCAUUUCUACAAUCAGCCCCAAUCCAGUUCAUCAGCAGUAAAACCUGCUAGCGAUGUAGCAGGAUCCAACCUUUCAACAAUAGCAUCUCUAUGGUCUUUUAAGAAAACCAGUUGAUUAGCACAGCAAGACAGCAAAGCCUUCAGACAAUUUAGCAGGGACAAAGGUAUCUCAGUACAAAGAUACAACAGUAACUUUCUGUCAUAUGGAAUGGCAGGGGGCUUUAUUAUGAGGGCUGCAGCUCUAGGUACAAGCAUGAAAUCCAGAGCAAAUGUUGUGCUAGCAGAAGCUGGUUGUACAACAGAAAGUAUCAGGGCUACAGAGAUCUGUUGAGCAACCAGCCAUGAGAACCAGGCUGGAUUCCUGCGCCUUUUCUUGCAUAAGCCAUUUCACUAGCGUAGCUAGUACAGUGCUAAGGGAGUUCAACUUAGCAUUACAUUGGAUUCCUCCCUGUGUGUGUGCAUGCACAGAUGCGCAGACAUAUCCGUCUAAAGGAUAUUCCUUAUUGGAGGCAAUCAGCUAUAAUAUGGUCAUAGGUAGAAGCAAAAAGGGAAUUGUUAAGUUUGCUUAUUCAUUAACACUCCCACCCCAUUCAUACGUUGAUUAUGGAACGACAGGCCCCUAGAGCUGUCUCCCCUCAUUCCAAAUUAAAACACAAUCCAGAGAUUUCUGAUUUCCCAAUCCCUCCUAUUCAUUUUUAAAUGACAAAUUUUACAGGACCAAGUUUCUUUUUCUCGGAAUGUUUGGAAGAUAGUUUGAACUUAGGUAUCUCUCAUUUCUUUUUGCCCUCCCAUAAUCUAUUUCUGUGAAAUAUGCUGAGCUUUAGUGAAAGAGCUGGGAAUCAGUUCCUGUUGCCUUAUGCUUUCAUGAGCACACAUCCUAUUUUUGUUUUGUUGAAGUUCUUUAUUCUUCUAUUAUUAUUAGGAAUAAAUAUGCCUAACUUAGGGGUUUGUUUAACCGUAGUGAAGCUCUACAUUUCCCUCCACCCCUUUGUUUUGUAAUGAAUGUGUACUGUAGCAGAUAGGCUUGUCACCCGAUGCUUAUUUCAAGGAAUGGUCCCUUACUUAUGAGCCUUGUUUGUUUGUGAGAUGCACCUUAACUGCAAAAAGCAACUUCAGUCUCAUGUUACAAAGACAGUAUAUUCCAAUGAAGUUCUGUUCUGACCCACAAAAUGGAUCACUUUCCUACGGUCUCACAAUGCGUUCCUUAUCUUUGAAUUCUUCAGGUGGCAAAGUUCAGGUGCAGACCGUGGCAAAUAGAAAUGUCUGCUUUUCAGUGGGCUGUUCUUCCUUUAAAAGAAUUGUGCGAGAGCUAAUUGUGGCUGAAAUUGUCAGCUAGCUGUGUGCUAUGCUGAUGUAUUCAUGCCACUAAAAUGGCUUCUCUGUGCCUCCUGAAAAGAAUGGCUUGAGCCCUUUUCUUCUUACUCUGACAGUGGUGCAUCACAGAUGUUUGUCUCGAAAAAGCAGGUCAAUUGUAGUAAGUAGUGUAAUGGGCAGGGCUGGAUUAAGACAUGCUGAGGCCAUAAGCAAAGUGGAGUUGAAGAAACCCCACAGCAUUACCCCAAAAUGUGUAUUAUUCUAAGCGAAAGAACAAUGAAAACAUAAAUAAGAAGCUUUUAUAUUUGCAUAUAUUCCCGUACGUAGGCAAGCAUACAACUGACAAUCUAAUAGAAACAUAUAUCUUGCAAUAAGACAAUUUGUAUAUGAAAUACCUUUACAUUAAAAUACAUUGUGAUUUCUUAGCGUAUAUAAAAACUAUACUGCAGUUCAUGCUGCACAGAUUUAUAAACAAAGGGCAACAAAUAAUUGUGUGGCCGUUAAGUACAUUUUUGUCAUACCCGAAUGAUAAAAUCUGCUUUAGAGUCUACAUCCCAUUUCAUUUAUUUUUGAUCAGUUAUGUAAAACUUUAAAUUGGUGUAUUUAGAGCCCCCCCCCCCCCCAGAUCUGAGGCCCUAAACUGUAGUUUACUUAACUUGUGUAGAAAUCUGGCACUGGAGAUGAAGAACCUGAUUAUUGUUGGACUGCUGUUCCCAUCAGCUCUAGCCAACCAAAUGGUUGGGGAAGCUGGGUGUUGCAGUCCAACAUCUAGAGGCCCACAGGGACUUCUAUAACAUUCUUCAUUAUCAGAGGUAUAUAGGUGUGUGUGUGUGUGUGUGUGUGUGUGUAUAUAUAUAUAUAUAUAUAUAUAUAUAUAUAUAUAAAGGUAAAGGGACCCCUGACCAUUAGGUCCAGUCGUGGCCGACUCUGGGGUUGCAGCGCUCAUCUUGCUUUACUGGCCGAGGGAGCCGGCAUACAGUUUCCGGGUCAUGUGGCCAGCAUGACUAAGCCGCUUCUGGCGAACCAGAGCAGUGCACAGAAAUGCCGUUUACCUUCCCGCCGGAGCGGUACCUAUUUAUCUACCUGCACUUUGACGUGCUUCCGAACUGCUAGGUUGGCAGGAGCAGGGACCGAGCAAUAGGAGUUCACCCCGUCACGGGGAUUCGAACCGCCAACCUUCUGAUUGGCAAGUCCUAGACUCUGUGGUUUAACCCACAGUGCCACCCACGUCCUAUAUAUAUAUAUAUAUAUCCCAAAAUGUAGUAUUUUCUAUGAACUGAAUGGCUUAGCUAAGAAUAGGGUCCUAUAUGGCUUCCCUCACAACACAUAUAGUUCCCAGUGAAUGCUGGGAAAUGCUCUCCUCAUUGCUUCAUUGCUUGCUCUUUGACAGCACUAUUCAGGCCUGAUGGAGAAUAUGAAAAAUCUGAGGCAGGUUAGCGUGACUCUUUGUUGUGACAGCAUGAGAGCCUUGUGGGCUGGGGUUCUUGUAAGCUCAGCCGUCACUGUAGGGAAGGUGUGAAGAGGAAGCUAGGCUGUCUGUAAUCACUUCUGCCUGAACGGGGUCUUAAAAAUAGAACAGCGGAAACGGCAAAGUGGCAUAGGCCCCUUGGGGCUGCUUCUAUGAAUGACUGUGUCACUCUACAGUAAUGACUGAUGCUGACCAUCUCUGAUGAGAGGCAAAGCUUCAGGCUAGUAGGUGUUGACAGUACAAAUAGGGGAGAACUGCUUUGAACAUACAUCAAUGGUCAAAAGUGAUCAGCCCAUUCUGCAAACAGGUUUUAUUUUUCAAACCUAUUCAGUAUUAUGCACAAGUAGUCCCGUAAUAAUUUUAAUGCACUGAAUUCCUAAAUGGAAUUGGAUAAUUGAAUGGAAAAUGGGGGUGGGCAGGCUGUGGAUUAGUGGACAUGAAAUGAUUAACAUGGAAAAAGUCCCAGGUUCAAUCCCUUGUGUGGAAAUACUCCUGUCUGAAACCCUGGAGGGCCACUUUCAGUCAGUAUUGACCGUACUGGGCUUGAUGGAUCCAUGGUUUGUCUGAUAUAAUUCCAAAAGAAUACUAUUUUCUAUUGGUUCAGAAAUUCCAAUUUAACAACUUGGUGUUGCUUGUAUAAUUGCAGGUGGGGUUAAAGGGUUUAAUUAUCUGGUGGAGCACUUCAAAGAGCUGUUUUUCUAAAUCUGGAUAAGAAAAGUUUGGGUUUGUGAGUGAGUUGUGAUGCAACUUUAUCUCCUGGUGGGCAGCUUUUUGGUGGCAUGUUACCCCAACAGCCUAUCUAUGUCUUCAUACAUCUGAUGAAGAUCCAUCUAAUGUCACAAUAAAUCUGUUAGUCUUUGAGGUGACCCAAGACACUCUGUUAAAGGGACACGGGUGGCGCUGUGGGUUAAACCACAGAGCCUAGGACUUGCUGAUCAGAAGGUCAGCAGUUUGAAUCCCUGCCACAGGGUAAGCUCCCGUUGCUCGGUCCCUGCUCCUGCCAACCUAGCAGUUCAAAAGCACGUCAAAGUGAAAGUAGAUAAAUAGGUACUGCUCCGGUGGGAAGGUAAACGGCGUUUCCGUGCGCUGCUCUGGUUCGCCAGAAGCAGCUUAGUCAUGCUGGCCACAUGACCCGGAAGCUGUAUGCCGGCUCCCUUGGCCAAUAAAGCGAGAUGAGCGCCGCAACCCCAGAGUUGGUCACAACUGGACCUAAUGGUCAGGGGUCCCUUUAAGACACUCUGUUGUUUUUGCUGCAACAGACUAACAUGAGCAACCACUCUAGAACAAGAGAAGCCAAAGUGGUGAGACCUCCAAAUGUUGUUGGACUCCAGUUCCCAUCAGCUCCAGACAGAGUGGCCAAUAGUCAGGGAUAAUGGAUGUGGGCUGUUGUCUAUCAUCAUAUGGAGAGCAUCACAUCAUCCCCAUGCUCUAGAAGUUGUUACUCCUAUGCUUGUUCCUGAAGUGAGUCAUUCCUAUGUGUACUUGGAUGCAAGAGGGGGCAGGGGCUAGCAUAACAACUACUGGUGUGACUCUACUCAUGUUUCAAAGGCUGCAAAGAUUACACUUCUGGUUCUGCUACUGAGGAGGAGAAACUAAUGUCGCGUCUCUGGUUUUGCUCCUCAGGUUCCCUUUGAAGUGA